UAACCGUUAGAUUUAUUACUAUAUGAUCUGCCCAAUUAUACGCAUCGCUCGCUCUAGAGUAUAAUAUUAAUUGUUGCAAGUGUCGAGAGCCGGCCAAAGAAUGCAACAUAUAAAGCAAUAUCCACAACACAAAACCAUUCUCCAUCACCCAAAAAAAAAAAACAAUCUUCUUGUUUUGUUUGCCAUAUUGAAAGCUCAUAGGCUUUUUUCUUUUCUUUUUUGGUGAAGAAUGGAGAUAGAAUCUGUAAGAUGUGAGUGUUGUGGGUUAGUGGAAGACUGCACACAAGACUACAUUAGUGAGGUCAAAUCUAACUUCGACAACAAAUGGCUCUGUGGUCUUUGCUCCGAGGCCGUGAGGGACGAAGUGAGCCGCCGGAAGAUGACCACAGUUGAUGAAGCCGUUAAGGCUCACGUGUCGUUUUGUGGCAAGUUUAAAAAAGAUAACCCGGCGGUUCAUGUCGCCGACGGUAUGAGGCAGAUGCUACGGAGGAGGUCCGGUGACUUGACGACUUCCUCUGCGUCCAAGAAGUUUGGUAGAUCUAACACCACCAAGUUGUACUAAACCAUUUUUCUAUUUUUCGCUAAUUAAUUAUUGUAUAAUAUUUGAUGCUACUUUGUUUUGUUUUGUUUAAUGUCAUAAAUGAUGGUCGGUGAUGCUAUAACUAAACUAAUCAAUUAAUUUCCCACA